UGAAUAUCUUUUUAAACUUGUUCAAUCCGGAACGCAGCCGAAUGUUUUUUGUUAUUUAAGAACUCAACAAAACCCACCUUGGAUCACAUAAUAUAUUAAAAUGUUAAAAAUUUUAACAAGAGUAUACGGGAAAGGGUCUGCGAUACGACCAUAUGUAAGGACGUCUGCAUAUAUCUUCCGCCAGUGUUCUAACUGGGAAAGUGGAAUAGAAAAAAGUGUGGUCACGAGUAAAGAAUUCAAAAAUCCGUUCGCACAAAAGACAACAACGGCCACAGAAAACGAUCACGUUGAGAGUCCUGCUUUGUUAAGUCUGAACGAAAAGGAGCGCCGUUUAAAGGUACUUCAAUUGGAGGUAGACAUCGCUAAUCAAGAGGGCCGGAGAGUGCCAUCGCUAGAUUUCUUCAACGAUGAACACUGGGAAACAGUGCUAACACUUCCUUCUAAAUCUGCCAGAAUGAAAUAUUAUGGGUUCCUGUGGCAAGUAGAGAUGAAGAAACAGGCCAAACAACGCAAAAAAGAAGAAAGGGCUGUAGCAACACAAGAACGUCUAGACAAACUGCGUGAGGAACGAGAGAACAAUGAGCACAUAAUUUAUGGCCUGGGACAUGUUUCUAUGUUUUUACGAAUUUAUGACUCUACUAUCAACCAUUGGAUGAAUCACAGACUCAUUAGGGCAAUGCAAUUCUCUCCGAAGCUCGUUUUAGAUUGCUCGUAUGAUGAAUAUAUGACCAAGAGGGAGGCGGAAAAUGCCGCAAAACAGUUGAUGCUGUGCUUCGCUGACAACCGUUCGCAUGACGAUCCAUUUGAUCUGCAUUAUUGCAAUGUAAAUUUGAACACGCCUUGUAUGCAGAAGCUUCAACGAUAUAUUCCUACAAUGCUCAAUAUCGAUUUUCCCAUGAAUGUGCAUCAAAAAUGUUUUACUGAAAUCUUUCCCAAAGAGAAUAUAGUUUAUUUGACGCCACAUUGUCGGACGGACUUAGUUGAAUAUAAUCAUGAUGAUGUGUAUGUAGUGGGGGCUAUGGUGGAUACGGUCAACAAUGAGCCACUGUCACUGGCGAAAGCCAAGCGGUUAGGUUUACGUAUGGCUCGGCUACCUUUAGAUAAUUAUUUGCAGUGGGGCGCUGGUUCCGGCAAAUCACUUACUCUUAAUCAAAUGAUCAAAAUAUUACUGGAUUUAAAGCAGACUGGGGACUGGAUGACAGCAUUGCGUCAUGUCCCUCGACGAAAGUUGUUAGACACACAGAUGGAAUCGGAUCGAACGAAAAGGUUUUUAACUAAACGGGCGAAUCAAUUUACUGUUCAUCUUGAUAGAGUCAUGAAGGAAGACGAAUCAGAAGAAAGACCGAAUGUGCGUUCACACAAAAAGAACAUGGAAUUCAAUUUGUCAACCUGGGGUUCUAAAAGAAAACAGAAUCAACGAUCAUAGUACAAGUAUAAAUUGUUAUAAAAUUAUUGUUGCUAAAAAAUACAAGAUAUUGUGUGGA